AUGACGUGUACAAAUCUGGUCGUGAGCCAAGCAAGUGUAGCUGAUUUGUGGGAUCUCGAAACGAUUGGAAUUCGGGAUCCGGCUGAAGCCAAGACAAAAGAAGAAAAUGAUCGAGAAGCAAAGGAGAACUUUCUUCAGACCAUCACAAGGAACGAGGAUGGACGUUAUGUCGUUUCAUUACCGUGGCUUGGGAGUGAGCAGGAUAUCCCGAAUAACAAGACCACGGCAGAAAAGAGGUUGGUGAAUGCAACUAAUAAAUUAAGUGAAAGCAACUUUACGUUAUAUGAUGGAAUUAUGAGUGACUGGAUGAGGGAAGGAUUUAUCGAAGAAGUUUCAGAUGCAGAUAAGAAGAAUUUGUGUUAUUAUCUUCCUCAUCGCCCGGUUUUCAAACCGGACAGUUUGACCACGCCGGUCCGUCCCGUCUUUGAUGCUUCAUGUAAGACGGGAAGAGCACCAUCAUUAAAUGAAAGUCUGGAAAAAGGCCCGAAUCUAAUGGAAUUAAUUCCGUCCAUCUUGCUUCGGUUUCGGGAAAAGAAGAUCGGUGCAAUAUCCGACAUCCGAAAAGCCUUACAAAUGAUAGAAGUGAAAGAAGAAGAUCGCGACUUCCUCCGUUUUCUAUGGUGGGAGGACGCAACUCAAGAAAAGUUAAAAGAAUUCAGGCACAAGCGGGUCGUUUUUGGAGUUAAUUGCAGCCCGUUCAUUCUAGCUGCUGUGCUGGAAAAACACCUUAAGUCGGUGAAUGAAGAACUCCAGCCUGUAGCAAGAAAGUUAUUGUGGUCCCUUUACGUCGACAACUGUGUGACGUCACUGGACACUUUUAAGGAAUCCUGUGGAGCACAAUCGCUGUCGCCAUCCAAUCCGCGGUACGGGUAG